ACCUGAGGACACCUGAGGACACCUGAGGACACCUGAGGACGAUGUACCUGCUGGACGCAGACAGGAUGGAGCGCGGCACGCCUCAGAGGAAAACCGUCUACAGGAUCUCCCUCACCUUAGUGAAGAGGGAGAGUUUAGGUGACGAGGACGGAGGAGGAGGAGGUUCAGGCCCUCAGCGGGUGGAGAACCCCAAAGUGGGCGCCUUCAGGCGGGAGAGCUCGGUGGAGGUGCAGCGAGGAGGGCUGCUGGAGGAGCUGAAGGAGGUGGAGGACGAGUCGGACGAGUUCACGACGGUGCACGGCUACAUGAGGAACUUCAGGACGUUCAGCACGGGGCAGCUGGAGCUGGGCCGGCUGAAGGUGACCAGGAAACAUCUACAGAAGGAGGCCGCCAGCCCGGUCACAGAGCACGCCAAGGAGACGCCCGAGAGGCAGGAGGAGGCCAAGGAGACGCCCGAGAGGCAGGAGGAGGCCAAGGAGACGCCCGAGAGGCAGGAGGAGGCCAAGGAGACGCCCAAGAGGCAGGAGGACACAAAGGAGGACACCGCUGUGCAGAACAGCGGCGUGGAUAAGAAGCAGAGACUCCUGAAGGCGAGGAGCAUGGAGGAGAGGAGCUCCGAGCCUCCUCCGAGUAAUGGUAGGGUGUCCGCGGCGUCCUCCUUCCCUGAGACGCCUCCUCUCAAGCGUCCUCCUGGUCUCCUGCGACGCAGCUUCAGCUUCAGACAUUGGACGGGCGGUGAGCUGCUGCGUCUGCGCGCGCUGUCCAAAGACAAACACCACAGCAGCUCCAGCUGCAUCGGUCGCGACGCCGCUGUGCCGGAUGCCGGCGGCGUGGAGGCUCCUGUGGCGUCCUCGCCCUCCCGCCUCACUGACCCCACCAGGCAGAAGAGCCGGACUCUGGAGGUUGGCGCCGUCCUCAACAAGACGGACUCCAUGUCCGAGCUGAGCCGCUGGGAGCGAGCGCGGGGCAACAAGAACCGGACGCUGGACAACAGCGACCUGCUGCGGCUGGCGUCCGAGAAGGACAGCCCGGGCGGAGGCUUCCUGCUGAGGGGAGGAGGAGGGCGCUCCAGCGAGCGGCGCCUGGUUCGAUUCUUCAGCGGGAUCUUCAACAGGAGGGACGGGGCCACCUCCACCCCGACGGGCAGCCCUGGCACCGACCACCGAGCCCUCCACCGGGGCAAGUGGAGAGUUCUGUCCCAGUCCAGCACGGAGAGCAUGAACGGGGGCAGCAGCGAAGAUGCGUUCGUGAACAGUCAGGAGUGGACGCUGAGUCGGACGGUACCAGAACUGAAAGUGGGCAUUGUGGGUAACCUGGCCAGCGGUAAGUCGGCGUUGGUCCACAGGUACCUGACGGGAACGUACGUCCAGGAAGAGUCGCCUGAAGCUGACGUGGACGCAGGCGGUCGCUUCAAGAAGGAGAUCGUGGUCGACGGUCAGAGUCACCUGCUGCUCAUCAGGGACGAAGGAGGCCCGCCGGAGGCCCAGUUUGCGCUGUGGGUGGACGCCGUCAUCUUCGUCUUCAGUCUGGAGGACGAGAUCAGCUUCCAGACCGUCUAUCACUACUUCAGCCGCCUCGCCAACUACAGGAACACGGCUGACCUGCCGCUGGUGCUGGUCGGCACGCAAGACGCCAUCAGCUCGGCGAACCCCAGGGUGAUCGACGACAGCCGGGCCAGGAAACUGUCCAACGACCUCAAACGCUGCACCUACUACGAGACCUGCGCCACCUACGGGCUGAACGUGGAGCGGGUCUUCCAGGACGUCGCUCAGAAGAUCGUGGCCACCAGGAAGAAGCAGCAGCUCUCCAUCGGGCCGUGCAAGUCGCUGCCGAACUCACCGAGUCACUCGUCGGUCUGCGCCACGCAAGUGUCCGCCGUCCACAUCAGCCAGACGAGUAACGGCGGCGGCAGCCUGAGCGACUACUCGUCGUCGGUGCCGUCCACGCCGUCCACCAGCCAGAAGGAGCUCCGCAUCGACGUGCCGCAGACCACCAACACGCCAACGCCCGUCAGGAAGCAGUCCAAGCGCCGCUCCAACCUCUUCACCUCGAGGAAGGCGAGCGAGCCCGACAAGGACAAGAAAGGCCUGGAGGCUCGAGCCGACAGCAUCGGCAGCGGGCGAGCCAUCCCCAUCAAACAGGGCAUGCUGCUGAAGAGAAGCGGUAAAUCUCUCAACAAGGAGUGGAAGAAGAAGUACGUGACGCUGUGUGACAACGGACUGCUCACCUACCACCCCAGCCUGCAUGACUACAUGCAGAACGUCCACGGUAAGGAGAUCGACCUGCUGAGGACCACGGUGAAGGUGCCGGGGAAGAGGCCGCCGCGCGCCGUGUCCACCUGCGCCGCCGUGCCGAGUCCCAAAACCAACGGCCUGACGAAGGACAUGAGCAGCCUGCAGCUGGGACAGGCUCCAGGUUCGGUGACCAGCAGCUCGUCGGCGUCUCAGAUGGCGAGCGGCGUCAGCUUGGUGUCGUUCAACAGCCGCGGUCUGGAGGGGAUGCACCAACGCUCGUACUCCGUCUCCAGCGCCGACCAGUGGACCGACGCCACCGUCAUUGCCAACUCCGGAGUCAGCACAGAUACCGGUCUCGGAGACUCGGUCUGUUCCAGUCCUAGCAUCUCCAGCACCACGAGUCCAAAGAUGGAGCCGCCACCAUCGCCACACGCCAACCGCAAGAAGCACCGGAGGAAGAAGAGCACGAGCAACUUUAAGGCCGACGGACUCUCUGGUACUGCGGAAGAACAAGAGGAAAACUUUGAGUUCACCAUCGUGUCGCUGACGGGGCAGACGUGGCAUUUCGAAGCCACUUCGUACGAGGAGCGAGACGCCUGGGUUCAAGUCAUCGAGAGCCAGAUCCUGGCCAGCCUGCAGUCCUGCGAGAGCAGCAAGAACAAGUCUCGUCUGACCAGCCAGACGGAGGCCAUGGCUCUGCAGACCAUCAGAAGUAUUCGGGGAAACGGUCGCUGUGCCGACUGUGAAGCUCAGAACCCGGACUGGGCCAGCCUGAACCUCGGUGCCCUGAUCUGCAUCGAGUGCUCGGGCAUCCACAGGAACCUGGGCACUCACCUGUCCAGGGUUCGCUCUCUGGACCUGGACGAGUGGCCGCUGGAGCUCAUCAAGGUCAUGUCGGCCAUCGGCAACGAGCUCGCCAACAGCGUGUGGGAGGCCAACGCCCAGGGACGCCUCAAACCGGGGCCGGACGCCAGCAGGGAGGAAAGGGAGCGCUGGAUCCGGGCGAAGUACGAGCAGCGCCUGUUCCUGGCGUCGCUGCCCGGCGUCGACCUGUCGCUGGGCCAGCAGCUGCUGAGGGCGACGGCGGAGGAGGACCUGCGCGCCGUCGUGCUGCUGCUCGCCCACGGCGCCCGGCAGCAGGUCAACGAGACCUGCGGCGAAGGAGACGGACGCAACGCGCUGCACCUCGCCAGCCGCAAGGGCAACGUGGUCAUCACGCAGCUCCUCAUCUGGUACGGCGUGGACCUGAUGGCGAGGGACGCCCACGGCAACAGUGCGAUGGCGUACGCCCGGCAGGCCAACAGUCAGGAGUGCGUGGACACGCUGGCUCAGUACGGCUGCCCCGACGAGCGCUACCCGCUCAUGGCCACGCCCAACCUGUCGCGCCGCAACACCAACCGCAACAACAGCUGCAGCAGCACCGGCAGCGCCGCGCUCAUAUGACCACGCCCUCGCCGCCGGACAAACCGUGUUUGGGAGAACUGACCGUUUAUUUUGGGAACCACUACCUGUCGUGACUCUAAGCCCCGCCCACCUCACCUGACAACCACCACUGCCGCCGUCGGCUCGCUAAGACUGAUUAAGACUGAUCGCAGGUCAGUGGUGACGCUGCGUCUUGGGAGAACCCUCAGCAGGAACAAAGCAUGGUGGGAAAUGCGGUUCACUACCUUCAUCUGUCGGCUCGUCAUCAGAGCGUUUUGGGAAACAGUCACAUGACUUACGACAGCCAAUGACGGCCAGUCUGAAGCUCGGGACAUCAUACCUCAUCACAGCUAUAAUUUAAACACUACACGUCCACUCGUCUCGCCAAAUCAUAUCGUCCAAUCGUAACGAAGAUUUCACGAAGGCAGCGAGAGGGCGGAGUCACCAUCAGCUUCACCUUCAGGACUCCGCCCCUCAGCGUCACCUGGACUCUCCUCCCGCCUUCACUCGUCUUCAAUGUGAAAUAUCUCGAUGUAAAGUUUAACAGAAUCAUGAGUUCUUAGUGAUAGGUCGCAUGUUUGACACCUUCAUUUAAUUUAACUCUGUAUGUUCUGUGUCUCCAUGUGCAUUGCUGGACCAAUCGUCAAAACACGGGAAGGAGCGGGAUCAUUUAGUUUGUUAUCGGGUGUAAAAAGUCUUUAAAUGUACAGAAGCCAGGCUCAGGGACCGGAGACUGUCCAUGAAACGCCCCCACGUCCUUCACACCAGGAUCAGUUUGACUCGUUCUCACUCUGUUUUCAGAUUAUUGACGAAUGAUUGACACUCAGUAAUCCAGCAUGUAAAGAUGAACCCUGUCGACUGAAUUAAGAUUAGAAAGUUAGUUUGAGCAGACUCCAUGCUGCCUGACCUGACUGAAGUGUGAACGCGUCCAACUGGAUUCUGGUGAAAUCAUGUAAACUGUCCCUGAAGUGAAGUUUCCUGUUUUAAUGUGUAAAAAAGGACAAAGGACAAAGGAAGCAGCUACACGGAGACAAAAAGGGAAUUCAUCUGCUUCCUGUUGUUUUUAAUCUGCUGUCAGAUCAGACGUUAUUAUAAACUCUAAAACUCUUUGAACCAACUGUCCCGUCCAAUCAGACGGUCUCCCUGGUCUGCUCAGCGAAUCACUAAGAAGGGCUUCUUCCUCGUCUCUGGUCUGUAACCUCCUCGUUGUAAAUAAUCUUUCUCUCUUUCAGCGGCGACGUCUUGUAAAUUAGAGAACACAGGAAGUACCGGUGUGAUUUAUUCUAACGUGGAAACAUCAGCGUGGACUGAACGUGACGCCGAAACUUUUAAACCAGCGUGCAAGUCUGAUAAGACUAGUCUGAGACAACUCCAAGACUGAUCUUAAUUCAAGACUCAAAUCUAAAUUCAGACAAGUUUGAGUCCAGAUGUUUGAGUCAAGACUAAGUCUAGAUGUCCAAGAUCAGGUCCAGACGUGGUCAAGUUUGAGUCGGUACCAGGUCUAAUUUCAGUAAAGACCUAGUCCAGAUUUUUGAGUCGAGCCAGGCUAGAAAGUGAAUCAAGGCCAGUUAGACCAGAACAGUCUGAGUAAGUUUGAGCAGGCGACCUGAUGGACCGACCGAGCGACGUGGAAGUGGAAAAGAUGAUUUGAGUCACGAGUCUGAACUUUCGGUAAGAGAAUCAAUGAAUCAUGAAACAUUGUUGACGUGGACGUUGACCGAGCGUUGAUUUCUUUGGGUCGCCUGAACUCUGACUGAUGGUUUGUGUGCGGUGAUUUUUACCUUCCACACUAUGCUGAGCACCGAGUCUCUUCGCUCUCUUUAGUCCUCAAACUUUAAAUGUUGCUGCAGAGGUUGAGCAGCUCUCAGCCCAAACUGUGUAUCCAAGCAAUACCCAUGAACACGCCCGUCACCGUCGCAUCGUAACUCCAUCCUCUGAUAUCGCUGCAAUAUUCCCAUUGAACCACGAACACGCUGCCUGUUUGUAGAAAAACUCUAAACUUUUCCUCCUUUUGCCUUUUUCAUUUGACGCCUGCCUUUUUUCUUCCCAACGUCGCCGACCUUGUAAUCGAACGUGCCACUGCCCCGCCUCCUCGACCGGCCGCCUGACCUCCCGUUAAUACUAAACUAAGAGGUUUGACCGCAACUUGUGUCAAAAUGUUUGAUUUUAUUUAAUGUUUUUAUAUCUGACUUGUCCCUCGGCUGUCCUGAACCGGGACGUCCUUUUAUUUAUGACAGAAAUGCACUAAAUCUGAGUCAGUCCGUCUUGAACUUUCCACUACACCUUUGUUUGUUUCUCGGAGCGUCGACAGCUCCUGGUGGUUUCCUCCGAACCUGAGCAGAGACGUUUCCGUGACGUCCCAGGGUUCACGGGAACGCUAACCUCCACCACAGCUAGCAGUCAACACAUCGUUUCCGUUCACGAGGUUAACACUAACCGAGAGAAGCAUGUCGGAGUCAUUCAGCACAGAUUUAAUCUGGGCGCUAAUUUAGACAGAAGAAGAAAAAACUGCUGAGUCACCUGUCCUCCACCUGUCCUCCACGCUAAGCGCAACAGGCUAGCAUCAUAGCAUCGUUUUAGCUUGUGACAAACCUAAUAUUUUAGUUUUUAGUCAGCUGAGUCUUUAGAGUCUUAAGUCUUUAG